AUGGAUGAAGAGGAAGAAAUGGACGAAGAAAUAGUUGCCACUACCGAGACAAAAAUGUCAAUACCGAAGGAGAGGAUUGAAACAUCAAGUCCCAAAAACGAGAAAAGGAACAAGAGAAGACGUAUGGACUCAGAUUGCGAUUCAAUAACCAAUAUCUCAAGACUUGAGCAAGACAUGCGCGAUCUACGAUACGGACUUCACUAUCUGCCACAACGGAAAAUAGAAGAAGCACGGCAACGACAAUACAAUAAACAAUUAAGCUGGCGGGAGUAUAGCUGCGCUAUGAAAGAUCAAUAA